UCAUCAUAUGACCGGUAACCUUUAACCCCUGUCAAGACCAGCCAUGGCGGCAACGCAAGAUGGAGGGGUUGACAGAACGGCUGACGAAAAAACGCCUCUUUUAUACAACAGAAGAUGCAGACAAGAGAGUAUUGGUAUUGACAACACCAUUCAGUUUGACCCUGAGGAACCAGAUUAUGAUUCUGUCAUCUACUCCCCAGGGGGAUCUCCAGAAAAGGAAAGUCCACAAGAGAAGGCUACAGAGGAUACAGCCAAGCUGCUCUCAGCAAAAUAUGAGGGGCUGGACUAUGACCUGGUUGAAAACAGCCUGUUUGUCAAGGAAGCAGCUGCUAACAAUAAGAAACUCAUCCGCAUCAAUAUCAACCGUUGGGUGGUGAUGCUGAUGAUUGGCAUAUUGACAGCGCUGGUGGGAGUUGUGAUUGACAUCCUGGUGCAUCAGCUGGCUGGACUCAAGUACAGUCUGCUUAAGUCAUGGAUUGACAGUUGUGUGGAAGAAGGUUGCCUCGCCAUUCCCUUUGCACUGUGGGUCGCCAUAGAUGCCCUUUUUGUCUGCUUUGCAGCGAUCCUGGUAGCUUAUGGAGAGCCUGUUGCAGCUGGCAGUGGGAUACCACAGAUCAAGUGCUACCUGAAUGGUGUCAAGGUCCCACAUGUAGUCAGGAUUAAGACACUCAUCAGCAAAGUGAUCGGUGUUGUCUUUUCUGUUGCGGGAGGACUUGCAGUUGGAAAGGAAGGUCCCAUGAUCCACUCUGGAGCAGUGAUAGCUGCUGGGGUUUCCCAGGGGAUGUCAACAACAUUCAAGAGAGACCUCAAGAUUUUCAAAUACUUCAGAACAGACACAGAGAAGCGAGACUUUGUGUCGGGCGGGGCAGCAGCAGGCGUGUCUGCAGCUUUUGGUGCCCCAGUGGGUGGAGUUUUGUUCAGCUUAGAGGAGGGAGCCAGCUUCUGGAACCAGGCUUUAACUUGGAGAAUUUUUUUCUGCUCUGUGACAACACUGUUCACCUUGAACAUCGUACUGAGUGUUUAUUUCGGACGACCGGGAGAGUUGGCCUAUCCUGGAUUGCUCAAUUUUGGCAGGUUUACGGGAGUGAGUUACUUCUGGUAUGAGAUCCCUCUGUUCCUCCUGAUGGGUGUGGCAGGUGGUUUGUCUGGGGCUCUUUUCAACUUUGUCAACCACAAGAUCUGCAUCUUCAGAAUGAAGUAUGUGUACAAGCCCUUCAUGCAGGUUGUGGAGGCAAUGAUGGUUGCCAUAGUGACAGCCACCCUGGCUUUUGUUUCCAUCUAUGUGUCUCGAGACUGCAAACCUCUCGGUCAGGACCCUUCUGAGAAGCCACUUCAAUUCUUCUGCAGUGAUGGUGAAUACAGCACAAUGGCAACCAUGAUGUUCCAGACACCAGAGCAGAGUGUCAAGAGUCUGUUCCACGACCCACCUAAUUCCUACAACAUUGUGACCCUGAGUGUGUUUUGUGUGAUCUACUUUAUCCUGGCCUGCUGGACGUAUGGCCUGAGUGUGCCCAGUGGACUGUUCAUCCCCAGUCUGUUGUGUGGUGCAGGGUGGGGGCGACUGUUCGGCAUCGGUGUCAGCCAUUUAGUACCCAAUAUUGCAUGGUCAGCUCCUGGGAUUUAUGCACUCAUGGGGGCAGCUGCGCAACUAGGUGGCGUUGUUCGUAUGACCAUCAGCCUGACUGUAAUUCUGAUGGAGGCGACGGGGAACGUGUCGUACGGCCUCCCCCUCAUGCUGGUCCUGCUGAUAGCCAAGUGGGUGGGAGACAUCUUCAAUGAGGGCCUGUAUGAUAUCCACAUCCGACUGAUGAGUGUGCCCAUCCUGGGAUGGGAGCCUCCAGCCACCUCCACCACCAUCUCAGCAAGACAGGUGAUGAGCCACCCUGUGACGACCCUGCAGCAGGUGGAGAAGGUGGGGCGGAUUGUGGAGGCUCUGAAGGAGCCACAUUCCAACCAUAACGGCUUCCCUGUGGUGGAUGUGCCUGAUGAGACUGAUCAGGUGACGUCAGGUCGGUUCCGUGGGCUCAUCCUCAGGUCUCACCUGCUGGUUCUCAUCAAAAGGAAGAUGUUCCUGGAAAGAGGCCAGACUGGUGCCAUCAGGAGAAACCUGGAGAUGAAGGACUUUAGAGAAGCCUACCCAAGGUUCCCAUCCAUCCAUGAACUCAACAUAUCACCUGAAGAAAUGGAGUGCUCCAUCGAUCUACGACCUUACAUGAACCCUGCUCCUUACACAGUGUCGGAGGAUGCAUCCUUGCAUAGAGUCUUUCGUCUAUUCCGUGCCCUGGGCUUGAGACACCUGGUUGUAGUCAACAAAGAUAACCUGGUGAUGGGGAUUGUGACCAGGAAGGAUCUGGCCAGGUAUAGAUUGGUCAGCCUUAGGUCUUUGGACCUGGAGGAGCUGCAGAUGUCACAUUAAUUGUAAGGGGGCGCUGCUUUUCACUACCUGGAGGAAUUGCAGCACUUGGGCAACCAUUCAGAUCUUCUGCCCGGGAUUGCCUUAGGUGUUUUCAAGGAAUGGCAGAAGAUUGUUACCUCAACAAAACCUGUUUAGAAGUUCCUUUCUCCUUACAAGCUGUUUUCGUACUGUGUGACUGUCAGACAGGUCACAUCGAUCUAUAGGUUAGCAAGGGAACAUGGGCUCUGGCAGAUGCCUUCGUUACAUGCUAUUCCUGAUCCCUGGAGGAGGUACUAGGAACUUCCAAUUUUGUUAUUUUCACAGAUAUUUAUUUUUUCGAGUGCUCUGGAGUACAUAAUGAUUUGCUUUCAUAACUUGACAUAUUUCUAUUUGAAAAGUAAGGGAACAUGAUGCAAUUGAUUUCUUUUUGUUGGACACUUCUUAUGUUAGUUUUGAAUUAUUAUUUUGAAGCUUACGAUAUUGCUGUAGUUGGUUUCUUUCAUAUUCAUUAUUUUCUCUGCUAUCAUGAUGUUUUUUGUUGUGGAUUUCAGUAGGUCAUAACAGUGAAGACAAACAUCACAGAUGUUGGAAAAUGUUAGGCCUCAUUUGCCUUAUUUCAGGAAGAAUUUAUUGAGAUUAUGUUUAAGUUGAUAAGUAACUAAGUUGAAUAACCCUGAACGCACAUCUUGUAGACUACCAUUAUGAUGGUCUACUGAGUCCUCGUAAUGUUAAUGUCUAACAUUAUGUUUCCAGUAAGGUUAUAUCUAUAGGCAAAGAGUCUGAAGUUACUGAAUAAUGUUUAACACUGGACCAAAGCUGUUAGGAUAUACCACCUAUGGAAGUUGGAAGGAGUCCAUCUUUCUCAGGUGCCAAAAUUUCCUUUGUUUUGUGUUUGAACUUUUGAUAUAUAGCGUUACUGUUGUUGUUUCAAGACAUUAAAAAUGUUAUAGAUAAUAUAGUAUGUAUCUAUUUUCUACUAUUUAAGGAAGAAAUAGAAUUCUCCUCAACACUGGAUGAUAUUAAAUCAAUUAUCAAAGUA